AAAUCUGGGCAAAAAGGUCAUUAAAAAAAAGAGAUAAUCCAAGUAAAGCCUGAUCGCUGCCCUCUUUCGCGUUCCAAAACAAAGCACCACACCUUUAUAAGCAACUCUCUUCCUCUGAUAUCACCAUCAUUUUUAACGCAAACGCAGAUCGAUGGGGCUCAAGUCGCUUAGCCUCCAGAUGAUCCCAUGGUGCUUCCACGUGGUGGGGGCCACCUUCCGUCCAGAGCUCGACGGCGGCGGCGACGACGACGACUUCGACCUCCUCCACAAACCUAAUCCCACGGCGUCGCCGGUCGGCCCCGUCCGGGUCAUCUGCUCCGAUGGCCGGUUACGAGUCUACGACAGGCCGGUGGGGGCGGCGGAGGUGAUGAAGGAGAAUCCCUGCCACCUCAUCUGCCGCUCCGAUUCCUUUUUCAUCGGCCAGCGUGUCCCCGCCCUGGUCGCCGGCGACCAGCUCCAGCCCGGCCACAGCUACUUCCUCCUCCCUUCCGAAUUCUUCCACUCUGUUCUUUCUUUUGUCACCCUCGCCACCUCCUUCGCCAACAGUAUAAAGAAUCCCCCGCUCCUCCGGCCGUUCGACAUACACAAGACCCCGGCCGGGACGCUCCAGAUACGAGUCUCGGACGAGUUCUUGGAGCGGCUGAUUAUGGAGCAGGACGAGAUGGAGAGGAAAGGAAGGAGGGUGUGCACCACGGAGGCGCUGGAGAAGGAUUACAGGCAGUUGGUAAGAAGUAGGUCGUGGAAGCCGAAGCUGGAGACGAUAAGGGAGUCGGAGAGGAAGAGGAGGAGCAGGGGUUUAGCUUUUGGUGGGAUCAGGAGGAGGAAGAAGAGAAGCCUCAAGGCAUCCCAGAUCAAAGAGGACCAAUCACGCUUGUAAAACUACAAAUAGGAAAUGUGGUGCCUUGCCUUAUAUUUAAUUUUAGCUACCAGCACUUCUUCCUUUCUCUUCUUUUCUUUUCCUUUCUUUGUUUUAUAUAAAUCAGACAAGUUUUAGUUUCCUUGGAUUGUAAGGUCCGGAUGUAGGUACCUGAUGAUAACUCGCAGUGAUAUAUGUUCAAAAAGAUGUCUCAUUGAAGCUUUUGUGAAUC